GCUUCCGGUCCUGCGCAGUGCACAUUACACCGACGACAUGGCGCUGGCUAAGACCGUCUACAAUCUCCUCUUCAGGAGGACGUCCACCUUCGCCGUGACCAUCAUGGUCGGAGCUGUCUUUUUCGAGCGGGUAUUUGACCAAGGCGGUGACGCGAUUUUCGAGCAGAUGAACCGCGGGAAACUAUGGAAACACAUCAAACACAACUAUGAGAAUAAAGAGGAAGAGUAGGACGCCACCCGGGGUCAUAUAAGGCUGCAGUGCGGAUGUGUUGCCCGGCUUCCAUCACCAUUUGCUCCUUGAUUCUACACCUGAAUGAAGCAGCUGUCAUCUUGGACAAUGUUCCCCACCUAAGACAUACCCAGGCUGGAGCAGGCUGUGAGAGGACCUGUUGGAGCGGACAGGCUGUCCCGACCACCGGGGAGAUGGAUCAAAGCUCGUCCUUUACAUUGCAGAUAUUCUAACGCUGUCGUUGUCUUCUGAUUGUAAAUUGUUAUAUUAAACAUGUCUCGAUGCCCUA